UUUUGAAGGAAGCCACUUGGUGGCGCCUCUUGCUUAUCAGAGUAUUUUGUCAGUUAAGUGUGAACUCACGACUCUGGAAAGAUUUAAAUUUUGACAUUGGCCACUCCCACCACCGCGUAUGCGCCACCAAAACACCUCCACUUUUGUUUUUAUCAACCACCCUUUUCCCAUUAUUCUCGUUCUCGAUUCUUCAAAUCCUCUCCCUUUAUUUAAAUCCAUAAUAUAUCACUCCGGGCUCUUCCUAUCUCUAUCAGCUUCUUGUGGUUUUACACGUACAGUCAAGCUUAAUUGUGAGACAAUGGUCUUGAGGAAAGACAUUGCUCUCGCAGUAUCAAUAAUAUUUGUGUUUCAGAUUCGAACGAGCUGUUCACAGAUUAACAGAGCAAGUUUCCCGGAGGGUUUCGUUUUUGGAACUGCCUCUUCUGCUUUCCAGUAUGAAGGAGCAGUGAAAGAGGAUGGAAGGGGACCGACAGUCUGGGAUACAUUUUCACAUUCUUCUGGUAAGAUAACAGACGGCAGUAACGCGGAUGUGGCUGUGGAUCAGUACCGUCUUUACCCUGAAGAUAUAGACCGUAUGAAGGACAUCGGAAUGGAUGCCUAUCGGUUUUCGAUUGCUUGGUCGAGGAUUUUCCCAAAUGGAAAGGGAGAAAUUAAUCAGGCAGGAGUUGAUCACUACAAUAGUCUCAUCAAUGCUUUACUUGCUAAAGGAAUUGAACCAUAUGUCACUCUUUACCACUGGGACCUUCCUCAGGCAUUGGAGGACGAAUACAAAGGAUGGCUUAAUCGUAGAAUCAUACAGGACUUUGCAACAUAUGCUGAGAAGUGCUUUCAGAAGUUUGGAGAUCGGGUGAAGCACUGGAUCACAUUUAAUGAGCCACAUACAUUUUCUGUACAAGGCUAUGAUGUGGGUCUGGAGGCACCUGGACGGUGUUCAAUCUUCAAUCGAAUGUUCUGCAGGGCUGGGAACUCUGCAACUGAACCUUAUAUUGUUGCCCACAAUGUUCUCCUUGCUCAUGGAACAGCAGCAGAUAUAUACAGGAAAAAGUACCAGCCAGAACAACAUGGAUCAGUUGGGAUAUCAUUUGAUGUUAUUUGGUUUGAACCUGCAUCAAAUUUCACUGAAGAUAUCAUAGCAACACAAAGAGCUCAAGAUUUUCAGCUUGGCUGGUUUCUUGACCCUGUGAUGUUUGGGGACUAUCCAAGCACAAUGAGAAGUAGAGUAGGAAGCCGGCUGCCAAGAUUUUCUAAAUCUGAGGCUGCACUUGUCAAGGGCUCUAUAGAUUUUGUUGGAAUCAAUCACUACACCACGUUCUAUGCUUCAAAUGAUUCAUUGAAUAUAGUUGGAGCUGUGCUGAAUGACUCCCUUGCAGAUUCCGGUGCCAUUACCCUUCCUAUUGCACUUGGGAAACCAAUUCCAGACAGGGCAAAUUCAAUAUGGUUGUAUAUAGUGCCUCAUGGAAUGAGAAGCUUAAUGAAUUACAUCAAGCAUAAGUAUGGGAAUCCUCCAGUCAUUAUCACUGAAAAUGGAAUGGAUGAUCCAAAUGACCAAUUUCUUCCCAUCAAAGAUGCUUUGAAAGAUGAGAAAAGAAUCAAAUAUCAUAAUGACUAUUUAAAAAACUUGCUAGCUGCUAUCAAAGAAGAUGGCUGCAAUGUGAAAGGUUACUUUGCAUGGUCUUUAUUGGAUAACUGGGAGUGGGCAGCAGGAUACACCUCAAGAUUUGGUCUAUAUUUUGUUGAUUAUAAUGACAAACUGAAGAGGUACCCAAAGGACUCUGUUCAAUGGUUUAAGAAAUUCUUGGCUUCUUCAUAAACAGAGAAAAUUGAAGCAGAUACUGAACUUCACAUUUUUAAACAAAGAUGUGCUGCCUGAGGCAAUAUAUGUUUCUAUAUAAAUAUGCCAUUCUGAAUUGCUGACACUAGAGGAACAAUCACACACAAAGCAAGAAAAAUCCACAAAAUAUAACGAAUUUAUGUGAUUUACUCAUUCUACUCUGUCAAACAUGUUUUUCAUUGCAAGACCAAUAAAAUUGGCCUCUUUAUCGUCUA